AUGGAGGAUGCGGUGCAUGAAGGAGUAAUUCAUGAAUUAUCAGGGGACAAUCCACCAUCCUGUUAUUUGGGUCCUCACUUUCCUGGAGGCAUGCCGCAAGUAAUCUCGCAGGUUCUUGAUGAAUACCAAACUGACACCUCGUGGCAUUUUUCUGAACGUGACUGGUCUUCGUGGCGUGCUGGGAAGCCACAAGGUUGGCCAACUCUUACAGACGAAUGGAAAGCAUGGGUUCCAAGAAUGGAGCAUUACUUCGGCAACCUUUGGAAAGAAAUUGGUAUCUUUCAUGCCAUCAAACUCACGGAACAAGAAAUAGUGGCAGAAAAACCCAUGUUAGCGGCAGCACUAUGUUUUUGGGCCUCUGCUACUAAUACCAUGAAUCUGCCAUUAGGCUACAUGAGUCCUACAAUUUUGGACAUAUGUACUAUUACUGGCUUAUCACCCAUUGGUAUUGAAAUUAAUGCAAACCACAGUCUUCCAACAGCUUUUAUGGAUAGCUUUCUUCCUCCCAAACAUGAUGAUAAAGAAGAACAAAUGGAUGCUACAAACGAAUCAAAGAGGCACCGCAACUAUAGCACUUUGUAUAACACAUAUGGUGUGGUCGACUCAAAAGAAUCUUCAGAAAGACAACCGGUCAAAAAGUAUGAACACGCGGCUUUCUUGUUCUAUUGGUUAUGCAAGUACGUAUUUUGUUGUAAGUCGGGACAGUGCCCUCGUGACUAUGCAGCAAUAGCUGAGGCCCUAGCUUCUGGUACCAAACUAGCCCUCGGCCCAUUUGUUCUUGCGCAUCUUUAUAGAAGUUUACACCGUAUUGUGACUGACUGCAUGAAUCCUAAUGUUGGCGGUCCACUUUGGAUGUUCCAACUGUGGCUACGAGCUUAUUUUCCUCAAUUAUCUGUUGCUCGGCCCGAAUACAACCAUGAUGUUAUGUACGGCCAAUACCUUAUGGCUACAUCUUCAUCCCACAUGUCUUUUGCAGACUGCUUUAAGAUGUUCUACACACUUAGAAGUUUAGAGAGCUUCUCUGUCUGCUAUUCUCAAUGGCAUCCAGCCUCCACUGCACUCGGUUUGAAUGAACCAUCAGAAGUUCUUAGUGAAGUUCAAUUAAGAGAAACUUGGGCCAGCUUUCUAAUUUCACGGGAUCUGCAUUAUGGGCUUGCAACCUCCAGCAAAUACAAACCAGGUGUUGAGAUUUACCUCCCCAACUACUUCGCUCAUCAGUUUGGAUUUAUGCAAAGUUGCCCUGUCCCAUAUCAACAUUUUGAAAAUCUUUUGAGUUCAUGGCGCCGGAAGUUCAGAUCAAAGAACUUGUGCAUCCUGAUCUGA